GCUUGCGCAGUCGCAGGCGCCAGUCCCGAGUACUUCACCGUGAGCCUUGGUCCGGGACGCGGGCGUCUGCGGCCGGGACUGUCACCGCUCGGCGCUGCGGCGCGAUCCUGCGAUCCGGGGGCUUCCGUCUCUUCCUGCGGCGAGAACCUGAUGCACUGCACAGCCUUUGCAACAGCAGAUGAGUAUCAUCUGGGAAACCUGUCUCAGGAGCUGACUGCCCACGGAUAUAUCGAAGUAACAAGCUUGCCUAGAGAUGCAGCAAAUAUUUUGGUGAUAGGUGUAGAACAUUCUGCAAAAGAAGGAGAUCCUGGAACAAUCUUCUUCUUCAGGGAAGGAGCUGCUGUGUUUUGGAAUGUCAAAGACAAAACGAUGAAGCAUGUGAUGCAGCUUCUGGAGAAGCACGAAAUCCAGCCCUACGAAGUUGCCUUAGUCCACUGGGAGAAUGAGGAGCUCAACUACAUAAAAGUAGAGGGGCAGUCCAAACUUCACAGAGGGGAAAUCAAGUUAAAUUCAGAGCUGGAUAUGGAUGACACCAUUCUAGAAAAAUUUGCUUUCUCCAAUGCUCUUUGCCUGUCAGUGAAGCUUGCUAUUUGGGAAGCAACACUGGACAAAUUCAUUGAGUCUAUUCAGUCAAUUCCAGAGGCUUUAAAAGCUGGGAAGAAAGUGAAACUAUCCCAUAAAGAAGUUAUGCAGAAAAUGGGUGAACUCUUUGCCCUAAGGCACCGAAUAAACUUAAGUUCAGACUUCUUGAUCACUCCUGAUUUCUACUGGGACAGAGAAAACCUAGAAGAACUUUACGAUAAAACCUGUCAGUUUCUUAGCAUUACUCGACGAGUUAAGGUCAUGAAUGAAAAACUUCAGCACUGCAUGGAACUAACUGAUCUAAUGCGGAAUCACCUGACCGAGAAGAGAGCUCUCCGCCUAGAGUGGAUGAUUGUCAUCCUCAUCACCAUAGAGGUAACAGUUGAGCUGGGACGAGUAUUUUCCUGAUCACAUGAUAACCAGUGUCACAAGAGAAAUCCAGGUUCUACAAUCAAAAACCAAUGCUCAGUACUGGGGGAUUUCUUAUUUAAUAGCUUUAAUUUUCUACAUCAAAUUGUCAUUUCUUUUGCUGCAUGAAUAAAAAUUAUGACAACUGGU